AUGUCCGGGGUCAACAUUAGUGGAACUUGGCGCACCCUAGUGCCAUCGGCUUCUUGGCGUUUCGAAACGAAGACUGCAAGGGGCCUCGAGGUGGUGGUGGUGCAUCUCUACACCCCACAGGAGGAAGAGCUUGGGCAAGAGGCGUCCAUGGUGGCCAGAGCCGAGGUGGAUGACGAAGCAGUGGUCCCGCGGUUGAAGACGAACGGCAAUGGCACGGGUAACAAGGGAGGUCUGAGGGCGCGGUGGUGCUGA